AUGGAGGGCUCCGACCAUCUGCAUAAUCACCUGGAUACACGAGCGAUUCCAGGAACCAUUCACUUGGUUGAUCUCGAAGGUGUAAUGCGAGAGCGGCAUGCAUCUGCAUCUCGAUUACAGGAUGUUGUUCUUGUUCCAUCACCAUCUCGUGACCCUGAUGAUCCGCUGAAUUGGACACCAAAACGAAAGAUGUUAUCAACAGCAUGCAUGUCCAUGUAUACUCUGAUGGUUGGGAUAGCAUCUGCUGCCAUUUACAGUGUGCUAGAACCCAUAAGUCAGGACACUGGCUUAACAAUUGAUCAGUUGAACGCUGGAACGGGUUACAUGUUUUUGUUCUUCGGGUGGGGGACUUUAAUCGCCCAGCCCAUAGCACUGCAGUACGGCAAAAGGCCAGUGUAUCUAUUCUCCAUGCUGGCAACCCUUGGUACUAUGUUAUGGGUACCGCACGCCACAACAAACUCAGCAUGGAUUGGGGGCAAGAUUUUGCAGGGAGCAGUGGGUGCCCCUGUCGAAUCUCUAUGUGAAAUCUCAAUCACAGAUAUUUACUUUGCCCAUGAAAGAGGCGCUUACAUGGGAUUAUAUGCUUUUAUGCUGCUUGGAAGUAGCUUUUUGGCUCCAGUCCUUGCUGGCUUCAUAAAUGACGGACAAGGGUGGAGAUGGGUGAUGUAUUGGUGUGCUAUCUUUCUAGCCGUUGGAUUUGUCUUCUGCUUCUUCCUUAUGGAGGAGACAAACUACGAUAGAGCACCCCUGAAAACAACAACAUCUCAAGCCAACACGCCUGGAAUAACCACACCAAAGGAAGAGAUGUCCCAAGAAAAAGGCACCUCUCCUGCGACACCACUCGAUCCCGAAAAAGGUGCAUCCAUUGACAUUCCAAGUGCAGUAACUGAGAUCACUGAGCUUGAGACUAUUCAUCACAAGCCGAAGACAUAUCUCCAAAAAUUGGCCCUGAAGGAUAAGAAGAGAGAUUUCCCUCUCUUCCGAAUGAUGAUGCGGCCUCUGAUUUUUAUGUCUCUUCCAUCAAUUGCUUACGCCGGAUUCUCGUAUGGUAGUAAUUUGAUCUGGUUCAAUGUCCUCAAUGGGACUGCCUCGUUGAUCUUAAGUGCUCCGCCAUAUAACUUCUCUUCUUCCAUGGUUGGCUUAUCGUAUGUAUCGCCGUUACUCGGUGUAGCCUGUGCGUCGUUCUAUUCUGGAGUUAUUGGGGAUAGAAUUGUAUUGUGGCUCGCGCGCCGCAAUAAAGGAGUCUUGGAAGCAGAACAUCGACUUUGGCUAUUCUCAGUAUCCAUAAUUUUCAUUCCUGGCUCUUUACUCCUCUGGGGCGUCGGAGCAGCUCAUCAUGUACAUUGGUUCGGCCUGAUAGUUGCCAUGUUCCUGAUCGCUGGCUCAAACUGUAUUGGUACUCAACUCUCUGUCUCGUACUGUAUUGAUUCUUACAAAGACUUAAGUGGAGAAGCGAUGGCUACUGUGAUCAUUAUACGAAAUACCAUGAGUUUUGCGAUGGGCUACGGAAUCACGCCUUGGGUUACAAAUAUGGGAUAUCAAAAUGCUUUCAUUGUGGCGGCUUUUGCUGGUCUUGCUCAAGUCCUGACCUUCUUUGCAGUGGUGAAAUGGGGCAAGAGCUGGAGAAAUAAUACAAAGGGGAGAUACUACAAAUACGUGGAGGAAAACGAGAAGCUGGGAGUCACGCACUAG